GGAACUCCAACAGCCAUAUCCCCAGGAAACUUCAACUGCCAUAUCCACUGGGAACUCAAACUGCCAUAUCCACUGGGAACUCAAACUGCCAUAUCCCCAGGGAACUCAAACUGCUAUAUCCCCAGGGAACUCAAACUGCUAUAUCCCCAGGGAACUCAAACUGCUAUAUCCCCAGGGAACUCCAACUGUCAUAUCUCCAGGAAACUCAAACUGCUCUAUCCCCAGUAACCUACAACUGCCAUAUCCCCAGGGAACUCCAAUUGCCAUACACCAGGGAGCUCCAACUGCCAUAUCCACAGGGAACUCCAACUGCCAUAUCUACUGGGAACUCCAACUGCCAUAUCCACUGGGAACUCAAACUGCCAUAUCCACUGGGAACUCAAACUGCCAUAUUCACUGGGAACUCAAACUGCCAUAUCCCCAGGGAACUCCAAUUGCCAUACACUAGGGAGCUCCAACUGCCAUAUUCCCAUGAAACUCCAACUGCCAUAUCCACAGGGAACUCCAACUGCCAUAUCCACAUUGAACUCAAACUGCCAUAUCCACAUUGA